AGCAGCAAGCAUGCCUUCAAACAGCGCCGCCAGCAUGUUCGGUGGAGCCGGGGGAAGGGGCUCCAGGGCGUCGGUGGCGAGCCUGCAGGGGCUGCGCAACGUGCUGCGCAACGACACGGACAGGGACUCCGCUCCCGCCGCUCUGAAGUCGCCUGUCGAGCCCCAGGCGGAUGCGGCCCCUCCCGCCGCCCCCGCGGCUCCCGCGGACGACAAGCAGACCCUGCGGGGUCUGAACGACCGACUGUCCGGCUACCUGGGCCGGGUGAGAGAUCUGGAGAAGGAAAACCAGGACCUGGAGGACGAGAUCGAUGAGAUUUUGUUCAAGAGGAAAACACCUGAGGUGCGCGACUGGAAUGAGGUCGAGAAACCCCUGGAGGAUCUCAAGAAGCAGAUCAAAGACAUCGCCAUGGACAACGCCAAGCUGCUGCUCCAGAUUGAAAACACCAAAUUGGCGAAUGAAGAUUUCACGAAAAAGCUGGACGAUGAGAUAAAGGCAGGGAACGAACUAGAGAAAGACCUGCAGGAUCUGAAGAAGACCCGGGAGGACACCAAGCUGAACCAGACGCAGACGCAGAGAGAGAUCGAUCUGGUGAAGGAGGAGCUCGGUCGCCUCGAGCGGGACCACCAAGAGGAGGUGGACGUCCUGGUCGAGAAGGUCAAGGACUCCGAGGUCAAGGUGGAGAUGGAGUCCAAGAGCUCCGACCUGGCCGAGGUGGUCAACAACAUCCGCUACCAGUACGACAAGCUCGCCAAGAAGAACCUGAAGGACACCGAGGAGUGGUACCAGAGACAGUUUGAAAACAUCAAGGUGGCGGAGGCCCAAAAUAACGAGCACCUGCAGUCUGGAAAGUCCGAGCUCAAGGAACUACUCACACAGAAAAGAUCUCUGGAAAUUAAGCUGCAGGCUUUUCUGAGCAAGCUCUACAAUCUGGAGGAGGCCCUGAACAGCACCAAGGUGGAGUACGGCCAGCGCCUGGGCCCCCUCAACCGGGCCAUACUGCACCUGCAGGCGGAGCUGAGGAAGAUGAGGGCCCAGGUGGAGCGCCACGUGGAAAACAACAACAAUCUGCUGUGUGUGAAGAUGAAGCUGGAGACGGAAAUGGAUAACUACCAGCGGCUGCUGCAGGGCAUCACCGCCGACCCUGAAAGCUUGGACUUUUCUUUAGAAGAUGUGGUGCGCCGCGGCCGGCAGAAGCCUGACAAUAAGGUGCCUGUGCAGCUGAGACGAGUGGAGGAAGAAGCCCCCGUGAAGCGAGAACACGCCCCCGAAGAAGAGGAGGGAGGAGACCUCGUGAAGAACGAGAAGGUCGCCGUCGACAACGCAGUAUCCAGCUGCACCAAGCAAGAAGAAAAAGCCCAAGACCAAAAAUAAGAAAGAUUCCUCUUCUUCCUCCUCCUCCUCGUCCUCUGAGAAUGAAGAUGAAAAGCCCAAGAAAGAGGAGGAAGUGGUCAAAACCUGAUCUUAAAAAGCUUUUCUGUCAAACUGUUUCUUGCUACUUCACCUGUAAAGGUCCCAUGAGGUCACCACAAAAUAAAUGUUUGA